AUGAACUUGAAUGAAACUGCUCAAGAAGAACCUUUAUAUGGGGAGGAAAUUAAUACUUCCUCACAAGAAGAACAACAACACUCAGCGGUUGAUUAUGCUCUGCAUAUACUAUUUACACAGUUCGUUAGGAUAUCAGAGCAAAAAAUAUUUUACCUUUCUCGUCAUCAAUUCAAUCAACAAACACAACCGAGUCAAGUUUCAUUUAUAGUGAACGAACAAGAUGCAAUUCGUCUUCUACGGAAAGGAAAAGAUGAAGAAUUCGACAGAUGCAUUCAAGCUUUAAUUGGCCUUGCUAUAAAAAAACCCGUGGCCGUGAUUGAAUCGCUUCUUUAUUGGAGAAAAGUCCGCGUCAGUGUUACUAACUCCAAAAAUGUUCCACAUCUCGUAGCAGAAAGGAAGAACUUUGUCUCUGUUUAUAUCCUUUGCCGCUCCUUGUCCGAAAUAACAGAAAGUCUCCCCAAUAAUACCCUUGAAGAAACCACAGUUUCUUCGUUACUAGAAUGCAUUUUCCAUCAGUUGUUGAAUCCAAAAAAUCUUCCGACCAAUUCUUCUUCUUUGAGGCUCGCAAAUUGGGAGAGCUUUGCUUACUUAUUGGGAAGUCUUUCUCGCUUCAAUUUUGUCAUGGUAUCCGAUCGAUUUAUAGAAGAAAUCGAAAAUCUAGAAAAAUCAAACAUGGAUACCGAAGUUAGGGAAGCUUAUCUUAUAUAUAUUCUCCGUGCUAUGAGACAUCUUCACAUACGCUUAUACCCGAUAGCACACUUGGAGGAAUGUGUCGCAUUCCUGGAAUCUUUAGCAUCUUUUUUCAUCAAAUCAAAUCAAGCAGUGCGGAUUGAGCAUGCUUUUCUGUUUGAAAAUCUUCUUUCUCCACUUAUUAUACAUGCCACCUUUGAAGUAAAUAUCCCUGCCUGGGUACGCACCAUACACACCCUUUAUCCCAUUGCAUUUAAGUCAUGUACCAAAUCCAAAUAUUGGCAAGUAUGGUUUCCUUUCCUUUGUUCGUUAUUAUGCCUUUCCCCGAAAGAGUUUUUUUUAGAAAACUGGUUGCCAACGUUGGAGGCUUCUUUUGUUCGUAUAAAAGAUAGACGACUUCGAAAUACAGGUUUAAAAUCCGUGGCCAAGGUUUUUUGGGUCUGUUUUAAUCGUCUUCAAGAAAUUACGGAUGAAACAUUAAAAGCCAUCACCUACAUUUUAAAGCCUAUAUUUUUACAAGGAAAGACUUUUAAUGUUACCCCAUUUGCUACAGUCGAUGAAGUUGAAGGGUUCUCGCAAAUCCUAAGAGUUCUUGCUCCUCAUUAUCCGAACUAUAUAAUAAAUGAAAUUUUGGAGCCCCUAUUAAUGGAUGUCUUUGAUGAGAACAUGGGUUGUGAGAAAAUGAUGAUCGUAAUACGUUCCUCGUAUUAUGUAUUGCAGGAUAUCAAGCAAAAAAACUCCCCUAAAGAAUUGUUUAAUUUUAUCGAGUUUCAAUUUAUUGAUCUAUGGAGUAAUGCAGCAGGUUCUUGCUGGGAAACGUUUAUAAAAAAUAUAUCAAACAGUGCUCUUUUUCUAACGCUGCAACUCUCGAACGACAUCAAUCGCUAUUAUAACUCACGAAAUUCUGCUGGUUACUUGGGCUUAUAUAGCAAUUCCUUAAAAAUUUUUCCUUGUUUAGUUGGUAAAAUUGAACCAAAAAUAAUCGAUGCAUACAUCAAGUGCUUAAAUUGUCCUAACAAAGUCAUUCAACUCUCGUGUCAUAAUGCUCUUCUCUAUUUUGCAUCAAAGCUCAAUAAGACUAAGCCAAUAAUUUCAUGUUUAUCUAGAAAGCUUGUUCAAGGAUCAGAGCACUUACUUUGUACUUAUCACGAAGUUAUACAAAUUUGGAUUCAACAACAGGAGGCUGUAAUUGAAAAACGAAGUUCUUAUUUAAGUACCAAAUCUAGUCAUGCUUCAGACAGUGAGAGCACAAGCAUGGGGAAGCAGGAUUAUGAUGAAACUCAAAGCUGGAUGAUUAUUGAAGAAAUUCAAUCACUUGCUGUUUUGCAUCUUUCUUCUCCCUCCGUUGAUAUUCGCCAAUUUGCAGUAGCUUUGCUCAACGAUGUGAAAAAAUUAAACACGGAAUACCUAGUGUUAUCUUCUGAUAACUAUACGGAUGGAGAAGUCUGUUCUGAGCCUACUAUCGUCGAUGUAUUGAAAGAUUGUGACGCUUCUAUUCUAAGCGUAGAGAGUCAUCUUCCAACUGCUGCUGAACGUUCACGUUUACGAAAAUUCAUAAACGACGGUACAAAAGAUAUGUUGCUCAAGCUUGCAACUUCAAAUAGUGGGGUUGAUAUAUCAAUUUGGUAUAACGUUUUUCCAAAAUUUAUAAAACUUUGCUUUGAACGGUUCCCGACUACGAUGGCGUUAUUAAGGAACACCGUGUGUACCAAAUUACCUAGCAUAACAUCAACAUUGCUUUCGAAAAUUGACACCUCAGACACCAAUUUUAAUUUAAAAAUUGCUGUGAAAAAUAACGAAUUUCCUGAGUAUCUCCUUGUCCAGUGGAAGUUGUAUUUAAUUGUUGCUUGUUGCACUAUUACUUAUACCUCUAAUCUGGACUUAUCGCAAACAAACUUACGACGAGCUUUAACAGCAGUUCAGUCCGGUACUCAUUUACGAAGCUUACAGGAGACUAUGAAGAUUACUUCUGCUGAAAGCCUUUUUAGCAUGAUACUCCCAUUAAUUUUCGUCGAAUUUUCCCCUAUUCGCGAGGCUGUAGUGUUUGCUACUGGUUGUAUUAACAUAAAUGCAUUUCCCCAACUAGUCAAAUCUUUAAAGCCUUAUAUUUCAUUUUUAAAGGAGGAGAAACCGGAGUUUUUGCUUCGGAAUCUAAACUUCUCAAACUUCGGACGACGCAAUAAAUCUGAUAACCUACUGAGGUCUGAAAUAGCUCAUAUCUUUGCUCUAACUUCUCACCUUUUGAUACAUGACUCGAUUAGAGAGGAAGGUGAUACUUUGUUAAUUAUAUCUGAGUUUUUAAAGGAUCUAAAAAUCUUUUUAACUUCUUGUACGCAAACUGAUGUGAGUUCAUUUAAGAUUAAAUGCUAUUUUGCGCAACUUCUCGAGAAACUAAUAUUAUUCCAAAAUCUGAACGACGGGCUCGAAAUUCUGCCACUGUCUGGUCGAGUGUCUUGUUGGAAACUCUUAGAUGAGUGGACCGGUUUUGGUCCAGCACAAGAAAUCAUGAAAAAUCAUCAAGAUGAAAUUCGUUUUAAUAUAGUUGAAAGCCAUAAAGAUAUAAGGGAACGUGAUCGUCUCCUUGCGUCGUUUGAAGCAGCUAAACAGAACCUUGAAUAUUUGGCAAUUAAAGCUAUGAUAACUUUGAGCACUUCUAGGCUUCAUCAAGAACUAGAUGAAGCUAUAUUUUCUUUCGACGUCGAGGUUUUACUGAAUUGGUAUACGGCCAUUUUACACUCUCCUUCCAAAGUUAUUAUUAACCUUGCUAGAAAGGGCCUGUGUACCUUACUAAUAAAAAACUGCGAUUAUGAGUUACUACUUCAAAAAGUGAUAGAAAAAUGUUUUUUACAAGGAAUUCCACAACAAAUAUGUGAUUUUUUCUUUUUGGCCCUCUCAGAAAUGCUCAUUCAAACUGAAGUUGGACAUUUAAGUAUUCCAAAGUUAUUACCGCUUUGUCUAGUAAAGCUCUCUGCAAACAAUAUAUCCGUUAGGCUGAAAGCUUUUGAGCUAUUAGGAAAAUUCCGGCUGAACAGCUUUACGUUAACGGCCAUGAUGGAAAUGAAGAGCUUCUUAGAAUCGAGUAAUCCUGCUCUAUAUUUAAAACCUCAGUACUUAUUUUCAGUUCAACUUGCUAGUGAUUUUUCCGGGGAUUCUUUUGCGUUGACAUCCGAAUGCUUGAGAUAUUUUAACUAUGGUGAUUUUCAUCGACGAGGAUUAGUUACCGUUUUGCUUCCUUGGUUACAAAACCUGGAGCUCAAAAUGGAUGUCGGUAAUAAAACAUUUGAAUUUUAUACCGUCACCACAUUGAUUGGCUUAAUCGAAAUUACCACGAAAUACACUAAGGAUUUGCCUAACGAGAUUGAAGCACUUUGGACGUCUUUAGCUUUGUCUGGACAUAAGAAAAAUUGGACUGUAAUUUUAUUUUUCUUGAUGCAACAAUGCUUUAAUCGAAAAACUUUUGCGUUUGUUGAAUGUACACGACAAAUCACAAUUUACCUUGCAAAAACCGAACUGCUUUUGGGCUUGUACGCUACAUUGUUGUCUUUUAUAUCUUCAACUAAUGUUUCCAACGAAAAUCAGGAAAUAUUUUCCUACAGUAUUGAAAAUUCAAAUCAUACAUACAUUGCAGAUCUAGAUAUCCUUUUUCCUUCGGAAAAAGAUUCGAUAUUCUAUUCACCAUGCCAAUUGGCUUUAUUACUAUUAAUGGACAUAGUCCCUAAUCCAUCUAUUAUGAUUGGGGCUAAUGAGGUAGCUACAAUCCUUCAAGCAGCUUUCAUACAAUUGGAUCAUUAUUCUAAAAUAGUUCAAAAGCAAUGCCGUCAAAUCAUUCACUAUAUUGUUGAAAAAGUUCAAGCAAUGGAAGGGAGGUUGUAUUCUGAUGAUAACUAUUUUAGCUUGCUGGGUUCUGAAAAUAUAUUCUCCGCCAACACGAAAAUCGAUCGUUUGAAAGACUUCACGACUACUCGCUAUGAUCACUUAAUUACCAAAACCAAUGAAGUGUUAGUAAACACCUAUCCGGAUUUGAUACAGAUAUGGGGUAAAAUAGCCUUGAACUGGGCUACAACAUGCCCUUCAAGGCGACUAGCUUGUAAUUCAUUUCAGGUUUUCCGUUGUCUGCUUCCCAAGUUUGAUACUGACAUUCAAUUAAAUUUAAUAGCCAGAUUAGUUGGAACAAUUUCCGAUCAAGAAAAGUACUUAUGCGCUUAUUCUGUUGAAAUACUUGCCACUAUAAAUGCGUACGUUAGGGCUAUGGAGCCUUCUGAUCUGAUGCUUUAUCCUCAAUUAUUUUGGACUUCAGUGGCAUGCCUCACUACUGUUCACGAAGAAGAGUUUUUACACGCAGUGAAAAUUACAUAUGACUAUCUUAAAAGAACAGAACAUCUUCCAGAAUUCCCUCAACACUUAAUAGACUCUUUACCGAAGUCAUGGUACGAGCAGUUUGAUGGCCUUCAUCUAUUAGUAUUACGAGGUUUUCGAUCAACAAAAUCAUUUGAGUUGUCAAUGCGCUUAUUCAUGCUCCUAAUGACUUACGGAGAUAAAGAUAUAGUUGGAAAUGUCGACUUUAGACUUUUAACGUGCUUGUUAGUUUCAUUACCGGCAAUGCUGACAACGUACGAAAGACCUGAAAAACUAUCAUUUAAUUUGGAUGAUUAUUGUGAGAAAUUAACGAGUUUGGCAUAUUCAUAUGAGAAUAUUGAAUUAAUCGAGUUGAUAAAAACGUUUAUGAACAGACAGUUUAGGAGCUCGGAUGACUUUUUAAAAUGUGCUGUCUCAUAUAUAACCUCUAACUUUUUUGAAGAUUUUGCCUUAGAAAUUAUAACCAUUCUUUCAAUGUUUUUGUCAAAUAAUAUGCCAUGGAUUCGGAAAUCUACACUGAGGAUUUUGGAUAACGUACUACCAAAGCUGCAUUUUGACGAUAAAACAUAUAGCGGCCUUGGAUUAAAUUUAAUUUCUCCUUUACUCAGACUGUUAUCAACCGAUUAUGUGAUGGAUGCAUUAAAGCUUUUGACUAUGCCAUUGUCUAUUUCAGGGCCUUCAGACGUGCAGACGUUUAAGCUGCUAAUGGUUGAUCCAAAGACCAAAAGCACUGACGCUAGAUUUGCUCACUUUUGUGAAAUACCUGACGAAACCGGCUGGUGUGAACCCAACGCUGAUUAUGCACUAACAUUGACCAAGAAGAACGUACACACCAUCUUUUAUACAUGCCCCGAAACAGGUGAUUCUUUGAAAACUCCUGAAAUUCGAUUUCAUGCUGAAGAGGUAUCAAACUAUCCUCGACAUAUUCCUACGAACAGCCGCGGGUCUUCUGGAGAGAAUUCUUUGGGUGAACUCGUAACUACUUUACACAGCCUUGACGCUUUCUUUGCAGAUGAUAAAGAUGAGCAUUUACCUGAGUCGAGUGAUUUGUCAGAUCAUAACACAGUGGUAUACAACGAUACUACUGAUGACUACGAUGACCAGAUAGUCUCCAUACUCUCUGGAAAUUUAAAACGAGAAAGGGAAGGUUGGAUUCCGUAUGAAUCCAGCGUAUUUGGAAAUUACGUUGCAUCAGAAGAGAAUGAUGAAUUGACAGACUCGUCAACUGGUACUCCAGGUCGUUCACAUAAAGCAUCGCUAAUGUCAAAAUUGAAGCCUCUUUAUUUUUCUGAUAGUGACCCAAGUUAUCCGACAUUAAAUCGCAUUAACAAUUUCUCAGAUUUUCGUCCUUCGCUAGAAGAGCUCCGACAACCCACUGAUUUUAAGGGUUUGACUGACUGGAAUAUGGAAGACCCAGAAACAUCAGAUUCAAAAUUUCCAUCUAAUGGGCUACCAUUACAUGAAAACUAUUAUCAUUUGCGGACUAUGUUUCAUGCGGGUGAAAGCAAUAAUUCUUUGAAUCAUUCUUUUGUUUAA